GGGAGCCUCGAAAUUAACCAUAAUUGCUUAAUUCAGAAAUGGACAUACAACAGUCUUUGGUCAGAAGUUGAAGUCUUAGCUGUUGUAGGUGAUGUACACACACAUAGAGAUGGGUUUGUUGGGAUACGUUUGUAUGUGUGUGUUGGCGGCAACGGCAGGCAAGUCGCGACGCGGUCAGUAAGCGAUGCAGAGUCGUGGCGUACGGACGUACGCUUGGUUCGUCCGCGAGUGCCGUGUUUUGUUGUGGUCCGAGUUCGUGUUCCGAAGUUUUGUGACGAUUUAUGAAUGAAAGUUUCACCAAAUGUUAUUUAGAUUGUUUUGAAAGUGAUUUGUUGUAAAAUUAAGUGUGUUUAUUGGAUUUUUUUCGUUGUUUUCGUCAUGCCGUCGCUCACCGAGAACCGUCGUUAAAGAUAACCUGAAAGAAGACUGCGUAUGGCCGAAAGAUACAAUAGGAGUCCAAUUAAAGCGUCAUCGUACGCUGUUUGGACGUAUCAAAAUGGUAUCAAUAGACAAGACAAAUAUAAGCAAGUUCGUGACUUGAGCGCUGAUAGUGAAAAAGAAAGACAAAAUGUUCUUGAAAGUACAAUCGCAAGAAAUAGAAUCACAGAGAACACAGACAGUGACGGUACUAAUAGUGUUAUAGCGUCGCUUCCCGAUUCAAUUGACGAUACAUCGGAAGAUGAGGAAGUUAGAAGAAACGUCUGGAGCGACGUGGACGACGAACUUUACAUAGCGAAUUUAAUUAAAGAAAGGACUUCAGAUGAUGUGAAACGCGACAAACGUGAUACUAGUGAUUAUUUAAGUGAUAGUGAUAUCAGUGAAAAGGUUGUGAGUAGUGUUAAGUUAGAGUACGCGAUGUGGGAGUUAGAGCCCACAGAUUUGACGGAGUGCGACUGCCUUGGACCGCCGCCUGAGUUCCUGUUGCCGCCGCCGCCUCGGCCACCGUUCCUGCAAGCGGAAUAUUACUGCGGGGACGAUCCCAUUCCCGAUUUGGAAACCUGCGACACGGAACCAAAGAUAGACGCAUACAACCACAGCGGACCCUCGCUGCAGACGUCGGCGGUGAUCGCUCUCUGUUCCAUCGUCCUGGUCGUCGGGAUCUUCAUCGGUGCUAUCCUUGUUUGGAAACACAAACGAAAAGUCACGAACCUUCUGCCUUCGAAGUCUUCAGCACCCAACCAGGGCAGCGGCUCUCAGCGGAGAGCCCCUCCCCCCGCACCCCUCUACGAGGACCUGCAGGAUCUGCCGAGAAGGCCACCGCUACCACACAGACCCGAACUGGAACCCCAGUUAGAGAUGGUGGAAACGAAAAGACCAAGCUGUCCAAGUCGAGUGUUUGUCUGUGGGUCCGGUGGUACUUGGAGAGGAGGCAACAGCUGCGGUGGCGAUGCCUGUGGGGCUCCUCUAUACGAGGAGCUGCCUCACAGAUCAGACGACUCCCUCCACAGCGACGAUCACUUCGCCGAAGACGAACUCAGCCUUGUUGGGGAAGCAGCGCCGUGUCGAACCUGUUCGCGACCACCUGCACCCCAAUCACUACCCCAUCGACCUAGACAACAAAGAAUGGACAGAAGACCCAAGUCUCUAGAGAGACGCAGGGCGCAACAUAGAAUGCAACGGCAUAUCCAUCCACCCGGACCUCCAGACCCUACGGAAUUCCACGAAGGAGUUCUACUCGAUGCAUUGUUGAGACUGUACCCUCAAGUGGGGACUGUUGGCGCGCGGCCUCAGGGGCCCCUGCCAAUGAGUGCUGGAGGAGCGUGGCCUGGUGGCGAACUGCCAGGCAUCGCUUGCUGGAGAGGUCCGCGAGCGUCUCCUAAGCCUCCAAGUGGAGACUCCUCGUUUGGAUCUGACUCUGGUUAUAGUAAUAAUACGUGCGGGACGUGUGGUACGCGGGCAUCGUCCAGACAUCGACUGUCUGCAGAAAUACCGAUGUCAUGAACAGACAUGUUGUGCUAUCGGCUAGUGAUGUGACGGUCGUGCCAUAACUGGUCCAGUGACGCAGUGAACGGUGAAAAAUCACAGUUAAUGUAAUCAAUUUUGCAUUUAGUAGUUUUACUUUGUCUUCACGGCCUAACUUAUUCAGAGGCCUCAAUUCUCUCAUGCCUUCCGAGACGGUGAACUUAAUCGUUGAAUAUUAGUUACUGUCGAAUAUUUAUGAACCUAAAACGUCUUUGGGACUACUUUUCUACACAAUUGUACAAAAAUUUAUUGCUUAGUAGAAGUCCCUCUAGAUUUAGCGAUACGAUAUUUUGAUGAAAUCGUUAUUUUUAUUAGCUGUUAUAGAGAUGGUUUUGUACAAAAUUCAUGUGACCAUAUUUUUAGGUAGCGAUAGCGGUUUCGUCCUAGUAAGUUUCGAACUAGUCCUAAAAUUAUCACAAUAAUUGUGAACCCUAUCAAGUUAACGAUUGAUUGAUUGUAAAAAAAACUAUGAAAGGAUGAUGUAAAUGAAUUUCUGAAUUUGUAGAUAAUGUACAAAAAUUGUAGUUAAAUGAAUUAUUUAAGAAUAGUAAGUUGAAUUUUAUAAUCAUAUCAUAAUAAAGGUACCUCUUUUCAUUCAAAUAAUCACACAGAAUAUUCUUUAACAGAUGAUUGUGUUUUCUGAGUUUCGUCAUUGGGUGCUAAAAUUAAAGUAUCGGAUUGCAAUCUGUCGAUUUGUUUUUAUAGCUCUUAAAAGUACUCAAAUUUCCCAGCUUUUUGUUUAGCAUCAAUUUUAUUUUGUCUCUCCUCUGUUUUAUAUUUCUACUUAAACGUUUCUCGUAAACCCGAGUAUUUCGUUCACUGGAAAUGGAAAAUAUUAUUCGGCCAUCAAAAUUGUUGUUUUUGUUUUAU